AUGUGGUGGCUAUUCAGCAUCGUUUUCAGCUCCGUCUUCCUCGUCACCAUCAUCCUCUCCAUUCCCGUUUCCUUCGACGUCGGCGGUCGUGACAGCGGUCUGGCGUACAGCUUGUCCCUGUUUAUAUUCUACCUGGUCUACUCGGCCAUUCGCAUCGCAAGUCCGACGCGGUCACGCCUCGGCUCCACCACGGCCAACCUGCUUCGACUUUCGCAAUGGGUCGUCAUCCCGUCGCUGCUCAUCUGGGCUCUCAGCCAGUUUGCUGUCGAUGCGGGAAAUACCAACUGGGUGGAGAGGACCUUGGGCGGGGUUUUCCACUCCAAGAGCACCAGCUGGACGGAAUGGCUGUUUGGCAAGGACGGCGUGCUCGAGACCGUCAUGCUGGGCAGUUGGGAGAACAUGCUGCGAUACGCCGGACCCGUGUUUCAACUCCUCGAGGGCUUUUGCACGUUGCUUGUCAUUCAGGCUGCCGGCCAGAUGACGCGCUGGCUCGUCAACAGAGGUCGCAGUGACACUUGGGUGAUCAUCCUCCUUGCCUUUUCCGGCUCCAUCAUUGCAAGCGCAGUCUACUUUCUCUGGCGAGUUGCCCAGUUCCCGCAGAUCAGCAAUCUGGACGCGACUCUCAUCGGAAUCACCAUGACAACUGCCACCUUUCUCUGCGCAUAUGGCAUCGGCAGCGGCCGCGGAAACCCCAUCGAGAGCUCAUUGCUGUUCGCCUACGUCGUCCUUUGCGUCUAUCAGAUAUUCACGGAUUACCUGCCGUCCGAAGUUGCCGACGAGGCAUCCUCGCAGCCCGAGAUUCCGCCGUUGCCGCCGGUCAUCAUGGCGUCCUACUCGACGCUGCUGCACAUUCUGGGCUCGCUGCCGUCGGCGAUGCAUUCGUCGCUGGCUUUCCUGUACGCAGCCUUUCAGACAAUCACGCCGUCCGUCAUCAUCUCGCUGGCGUACCGGCUCUUUGUCUUUUACUCGGCCACGAGAAUCAUCCCGUCGGUGCGGGAUCUGGGGGCCCGGGCGCUCAUGGAUGACCCCAGCUUUGAGGAGUCGGAGACUGCCAGCAAGCUGCUCGGCUUCCUGAGCUGGUUCUCCCCGUCCAUCCUGGUGUCAGUUUACACGAGCCUGCUGCUGCAACAUUUCUCGACCAGCGACGGACCCGACGGCUGGACUCUCCGGGGAGGCGACGUGGGCGGGAGCACCUGGCGGUGGAUCAAUGUCGGGUUGACGAUAGCCCUCUACGGCGUCGAGCUCUACCUGGAUACGGGGGAGCCGGACCACUGGAAGGUCGACUAG